AUGACCCCCUUGUCGGAUAUCCAAAUGGAAACAGUGCCGAAAACUCCAGAAGAAGCGCACGCUGUAGCAGAAUUUUAUCGGCAAAAGUACGAACAGUCCUUGAAAUUAGCCAGAUCACUGAGCACGACUGUGAAAACCGCAGCUCCGAUCCGUAGUCCUCAGCAAGCACUCCUUCCUGCGGAAGCAGGAAUUAGCGCUGAAGCAUCACGUCAAUACAAUGGAAGUCCCUCUCAACAGGCCACAGUAACUGGUACUGCCGGGUCUCCCGCUUCCGCUGGGCCUGGCAAAGAUGCGGUCCCGUUGACACAGUCAAGUUGGACGUAUCCGUCGUCCCGAACACCUUCGCAGCCUACUACUUCAGCUUCAUUCCCGGGGAAGACGCUUUCAAAUGCAAUCAUCAACAGCGCUGCCCCCAUCCAAAUACAUCCCUCACAGAAAACUUCACCAGCUGGCAAGAAUGCUGACAUGCAAAACGCACCUGCGUCUUCGCAAGCUGCUAUCGUAGAGCCCGCAUGUUAUGCAAUUUUGCCAUCGUUGUACCCUUCAAAACCUAUUCCGCACUGUGUACAUGGGAGUGUCGAACACAUGGCAGCAUUCACUGCUAGUAUAUCGGAACAGCCCCCUGGAUCUGCUCGUAGGGUGCCCUCGUCGGAUGUGCUGGUCGAUUCUAUUAGUCCAGAUCUCACUACGCAGGACGCCGGUACUGCGUUUCUUGGUUCACACCUGCCGCUGGUAACGAAGGCCCAUAGAUGGCAGAGCUUGUCGGGAAAUGACUCGACGGUCACCGAUGCAGGAUCAGCCAGUCGUGAGGAUUCCAUGAAAACCAUACCUCAACCGGAUCCCCAGCAAAUGCCAGCGCCCCAAACAAGUCAAGCCACGAUGCAGCAUACCAGCCAAUCUCAACAAGCUUCCUUUCCUGCAAUGGCGCGGCAAACACAUUUGCAGGGAUACUUGAUCUCAAACAAUAUUGCAGCUGGCAUGCAUUUCGCGAAUGCACCGCAUUCAGGAGAGGGCGGCAUUCAAACAAAUGUCCAAUCAUGGACUUCUCUGGCUCCCGGCCGUUCACCUCAAGUACACAUUCCAUCUGCGAGCGGGCAAUUUCCGAAUGCUUUGAAUCAGCAAUCACAUUUCAUUGGACUUACUUGCGUGCAAGGAUCGGGAAGUAUUGCUCCAAUUUGGUACCCCGUAAAUUUGGUACAUGCGCAAGGCAUGGCUCACCUUCCCCAAGCAAUGCUGGCAAACCCAACCGUGACGCCAACACCCGACCGUAGUGCAGCAUUUGCGUCUGUUACACAUGCGCAGCUAAAGGCUUCGCAAUCCAGUGUAAGGCAACUGCGCCCUGCAGACCUCAGUACAUCGGGAUCUCUUAAGCUGGCAGCACAAACAUAUCAAUCGCAGCAUACGCCUCCAGCAGUCAGUAACACUCGGGACACUGCUGGCGCUGCCACAGGUCAAGUUCGGCCAACGUCAUCGGGGACUGUGGCUGAUACAACUUCGUCAGGAACGCGUCCAAAUCAUUACCAACAGCAGCAAGUCGCCAGAGGCUUGUAUGAAGGAACCUCAUCGGGUUCAAGUACAUCACACGUGAAUGAUAACGGCAAUUCACGGCAAAGAUGCUCGACGGGCGGGAAAUCUUUUGAGAAAAUCGUAAAGCGGGCUGCCCAUGUACACCAGCAAGAAAGCCAGCUUAGAGAAAUGUACGACGAUCUUGUUACAAAGGAGCGAAAAUUGCAUGAAGAGUUGCAUCAAGCUAGAUAUAGGCGGUUGGAAAUGGAAGGUCGAAUAAUGCCUCAACAGCCCAAGUCAAUCCAACAGCGAAUUGAACCUCGAACGGAUCCGCAAGGCACCGCAAGCGCAAGGUCCCAACAGCAAGCAGCUACGCAAAAGAGUCAUAAGAACCAGCCACCAGUAAUACAUUCGCAGCAACCGGUGUCAAGAACGCCGCAGAAGGUUCGUAUGCAGACUGUUCAGUCGCAGAAUACCCCUACUGUCACGACACAAACGUAUCAGGGCGAAACACAAGUCAGUCCCCCUCAGAACCCCCCGAACAGUACUUUUCAGCACAAUCCAGGCCCACUUCAAGUUCAACAACCACUGGGUGCGCCUUCAACUCAACAACAUCAGGACUACUUAAAAGAAUGGACCGGAUAUCGACGUCGUUACGCGCAAUUGGCCAGUGAAGUGACGGGAUUUUUGGCAAGGAAGCGGCCCGACUUUAUAACACCAGCAUCUGUGAUUCGAUGGUUACGUGAACUGGGCAAGCUUCUAGAAGGCGUAGAAUCGUAUUCGAUAGCGACGAAAGAGCUAGCAUGGUUCUGCAGUGUUGAGAAUGCUUAUUCCUGGAUGUAUGCUCCGUAUCUGAAGGCUGACUUAAUGGGGUGCUUUCGAGGAUUGAAGUUGCCCGUAUAUUUUGCACAAGUCUAUCACGUCUUCACAGUCGCCUCACAGUUCUCACAUCUGAUGCUUCCGGAAUUACUGGACGUUGUCAUGAACGGGCUCACGAUUCUCAAACAGCUCGAGCGUGUCAGGGUAUUAGAUCCAGAUAUCACCCCAUGGAGCUCGAAUUUUAAAGCCAAAUAUCUUGCUGUGAUGGAACUGCGUCUGCGUCAGAUUUCGAAGCAUGCAUCGACCAACGGCUGUGAAUCGUCGAUUCAGAAAGGUGUGCAGCAUCCUCAAACACAACCAAAUCUCGGUGAAGCACCGGUCGUUAGCGUCGAGGAUGCUACGCCAAAAUUUUCGGAACUUUUCCCGAUACGAAAAUGUUACUUGCGGCAUCCUAUCGAAAUUACACCCAAGACAACUUGCUUGUCAUUUCUGAUCACAGUAACCUCAAGUCUCUAUACCAUUAUCCGUAUGCAGGAUGCAAAGUCUGGUCCCCCUCGUCACUAUGUGCGGAUAAGUUGUAAUCGAUCGGAGGACACGAUAGAGACUUGGCCAUCAUUUGUAUCUGGAGUUACCUGCAACGACGUGCUUAUGGUAUCAGAUCGUAAAAGAUGUGACGGACCAAUCGUUUUGAAUGCUGCCCUCGUUGCAGGUAGUAAUAAGAUUGCGCUUACUUGUGACUGGGAUGGAAUUGACGAACAGACGAGGAUGGUUGCGGUUGACUAUAUUGUUUUUGUGGACAUGGACGAAGCAAUACAGGUAGUAAAGAAGCAGAGAAUUGAUUUCAAGACGAGCUGGGAUAGAUAUCUUCAGUCGCGAACCCAGACCCAUGGCGAUAGCCCUACUGCUCUCUUAGACCUUGUCGAUCCUACAACACGGAAGAAAUUGGAAAUUCCUGUUCGAACGUCAGGAUGCGCACAUGUAGCAUGCUUCGACCUGCAAACGUAUCUCAAGGAGCAACUCAAGCAUCGCAAGUUUACAUGUCCGAUUUGUCAUCUCGCGGCUGGUGUCCAAGACUUGCUCGUGGACGGCUGGAUUGAAGCGCUCUUGAGCAAAACGGAGCCGGAUGAGACGAAUGUACUGUUGAAGUUCCCUGCCAUGUCUAGUACAACCAACGAGGAACUCCCUCAUUCAGGCGCCAACGGUGAUAGUAAUGCCCGCAAUAAUACCGACGCGUUGCUUUUAGCGGACGAUGCACCGGAUGUCAUAGAGCUUCGAAUCCCACCGAUCCAGCGAGUGGACAGAAAAUAUAUACUGGUCGACACACCGUCGCCCGUGCUCACAGCGAGGAGUGGGGAGAUGAUGGAGGAUGUGGAGCUGCUGCCGAAUGUGGACGGUAGCGAAGAUGGCGCGGCGUCACCAGCAAAGGAUGCAGAAGAAUCUCUCACGGAGAUGAUAGUGGAUGUCGAAAACUCUGGUAUGGAAGUGGAUGAAGGUGACAAGACUAUUCAGAUUGCAGACGCAAGCGUUGAUCCGUCUCCCGGAAUGGAAAUGGAGGACAGUCGGGCAACCGAGGACACGAGAGGCGAGGCUGAGGAGCUGCCAAAUAAUGAUUUAGAGCACCGUGUGGCGGAGGAAUUGGCCAACUUACAAGUAUACGACCGCGUGCCUGAUAAGGUGACAGUAGCUGAGGACAAUGCCCAGGGAACGGCAGUCCAGGAGGUAGAAAUCACAGCGCCGGAGACGAUGGGGGACCGGAUCCUGGACGCCGUAGUGGUGGCAGCAGAGCCGCAAUCCAGCAACGGACUGAUGCAAAGCGGUGCUGGAAAGUUACCGGAAACUACUUUCCAAAAAACCCUCCAAGAAGUUUUAGAAGACGACGAAGAUAUUGAGCUCAUGUCAGGUAGCAUCUUAACUCUGCAACCUCAGACUGUCAAGCGCCCCAUGUCCCCCCAUAUCCCGGUUACCGAGGUCCGUUCUCAUCCCGUCAAGCGCCAGAAGCUCAGUUUUCUCCCGCCUCGCAAACUGACCUUUGCCCAAUCCAUAACAACAUUCAAUCCCGAGGAAGAUGCCGCACAGAUUGUGCAAAGGCUGGGAUUCGAUGUCGCAACAAUGUACCAUAAGAUUUUCCAUACUGUGUGAAUAUUCGGUAGAUUCAACGUUGGUCGUGUUUGGAAAUACGAGAAGCCGGCCCAUCGUUUGCUUUAAUUUAAAUGCACAGAAUUAGCAAUGUAAAACUCAACGUUUUUCAAAUAUAUAUUAAGGAAAAAAUAGCCAA